ACACACACACACACACACACACACACACCCUCUCUCUCCGGUCCAGAAGAUGGUGGCGGCUGCAGCGUCCGGUGUUUCCUCACGUGUCCGCGCUGCUGACCGGAGAACCGGGAGCUCGGCGGUCUGAAGGAUCUUCUGGAGGAAUGAAGGUGUUCUCUCCAUCCGCUCCGGUACCGGGGUCCUGAUCCAGCGGCGGCUCUAACCGGAGGGACGGUGCACGGCUUCGUCCUCUCUCCGCUGCGGACCGAACUUUAGUCCAGAGGAGGACGUGGAUAUCCGGAACCGCCUGAUCCGGACCCGGAGACCGUCUGGAGGCGCACUGCGUGGCCGUGGACAGCAGGGCAGCAUUGAUGCAUCACCGAACCGGAUCGGAGGAACGGGACUGGAGGAGUAGCUGAGCUCCUGCACUGAAUCUGCUUUCCAUCGGUUCCGGUUCUUCUGUCUGCAGAUCAGCUGAGUUUGAGGCUCCGGACUGAAGACAGGAAAGAAAGGGCUCCUGUUGGGCCCUGCAGCGGGACGUGGUUCUGAUCCAGAACCGGAUCUGGGUCGCUUUCUGUUGGUGUCCAGCUGAGACCUGAAAUGAAAAUCUGAGCUUCUGUUCAGCUGCAGAUGUGGAAUCGGACACGGACUUGUUCUGAAGAACUUUGUUCAGCAGAACCAGGCUCGGUUCGGAUGGUUCUGUUGGUUUGUUCUGAGAGAAAAACAUUUAUUCUCCUGUUCUGAACCUUUCUGUUCUGUGAUUCUCUCACUUUAUCCAGAUAUUUCCAAUGAGUGAAGCUCAGUGUGAGCUGCUGAGUUGGACCGAACCGAACCGAACCGAGCCGAACCGACAGCAACGAGCUGCAGGAUGUGGAGGAAUGCAGGGACUGACGUCAGGAGGGAAAAAUGAAGCUGUCAGAAACUUUGGAUCAGAACACCGCAACCAGAACCUUUUUCUUUGGGCUGUUUUUCAUUUUUUAGAUCAACUUUUGAGAACAAUCAGCUGUUAAACAAUCCUCUGCCUUACUGCCUCACUCUAAGUUCUGUCAGAAAUAAGCGUGCCUUCCUCCCGGUGUCUGGUUCUGGACCGGUCCAAACAUGGCGUCUCCCCAACACCAGCACCUGCUGCCCCACAACACCGAGGUGAGCUGCGACUCCAGCGGAGAUGGAGGCGUCUCUGUGAGGAUCGGAGUCAAACACAAGCAUGGAGGCGGGCCGCUGGGCUCCAUCGGGGGAGGAUUCAUGGGGGGAGCCAAGCACUGCAAGUACAGCAUUUCCUCUAGCUGUAGUUCUGGAGAGUCCGGAGUGAGGAGGCCGGCGGUCCGGAGUUUUCGUGCUCAGAAGAAGAUGCCUCAGCUGUUUGAGAGAUCUGCAGGUCAUUUCUGGGACCCAAAGUUUGACUCUCCGAUCCUGGAGGAGGCCUGCAGAGAACGCUGUUUCCCUCAGACCCAGCGGAGGUUCCGCUACGUCCUCUUCUACCUGGUGGCUGUCGGCUUCCUCUGGGGGUUGUACUUUGCUGCCAACCCUUCCCGAUGUGACCGAGCUGCUUUCCUCCUCCCCACCGCUUCCUUCCUCCUCUUCUGCCUCCUUCUUUUCCUCCUGACCUUCACCAAGCUCUACUCUCGCUGUUACAACCAAGCCUCUCUGCUGCUCAUCCUGGUGACCUUCAUCCUGACCCUGGCCCCUCAGAUCCAGACAUCGGGCUUCAGGGACCCGGAGGCCCCCACGCCUACCCUGGAUGUGGAGGAGUCCAGUGGCAUUGGGCCUUCGUACAACCUGUCCUAUGAGAAGCUAGUGGGAGGGAACACCUGGCCGCCAUGUCUGACUCCUGUAGGCACCUUCUCGCUCUGCAUCGAGGUUCUCCUGCUGCUCUACAGCGUCCUCCAUGUUCGCCUCUACGCCUCCGUCCUGCUGGGGUUUCUCUACUGUCUUUUUGAGAGUUUGGGCUGGCUGCACUUGACCCAGGUAGGGGAGAGGUGGAACCUAGCCUCUCCAUCUGACUGGGAUACGCUGAGCUGGUUGGGCCCGGCCAAAGCCCUGCUCCACCUCUGUGCCCACGCUAUCGGCAUCCACCUGUUCAUCAUGUCCGAGGUGCGCUCACGCAGCACCUUCCUGAAGGUGGGACAAGCCAUCAUGCACGGCAAAGACCUGGAGGUGGAGAAGGCCUUGAAGGAGCGAAUGAUCCACUCAGUUAUGCCCAGAAUUGUGGCAGAUGAACUGAUGAAGCAGGGCGAUGAGGAGAUAGGAGACGGAUCUGUCAAACGUUACUCCACCAGUGGUGCUGCUGCCGCCAUCUCCAGCCCUAAAAACAAUAAGCGCAAGAAAACGUCCAUCCCACGAGGCCAGAUCAUCUUCAGGCCCUUCAACAUGAAGCGGAUGGAGCCCGUCAGCAUCCUCUUUGCGGACAUCGUGGGCUUCACUAAAAUGUCUGCCAACAAAUCUGCUCACGCCCUCGUAGGACUUCUGAACGACUUGUUUGGACGUUUCGAUAGACUCUGUGAGCUCACCGGCUGCGAGAAGAUCAGCACUCUGGGGGACUGUUACUACUGUGUGGCUGGUUGUCCUGAGCCCAGGGCAGAUCAUGCGUACUGCUGUGUGGAGAUGGGCCUGGGCAUGAUUCAGGCCAUCGAGCAGUUCUGCCAGGAGAAGAGGGAGAUGGUGAACAUGAGGGUGGGCGUCCACACUGGCACUGUGCUGUGUGGCAUCCUGGGAAUGAAACGCUUCAAGUUUGACGUCUGGUCGAAUGACGUCAACUUGGCCAAUCUAAUGGAGCAGCUGGGCGUGGCCGGGAAGGUCCACCUGUCGCAGGCCACCGCCAACUUCCUGGACGACCGCUACCGGCAUGAAGACGGACAAGUCAAUGAGCGAAUCGGGCAGAGCGUGGUGGCCGACCAGCUCAAAGGUCUAAGGACCUACCUGAUCUCUGGCAGAAAGGUGGAGCCUCUGUCUCACUGCAGCUGCUCCCAGAUGGGCUUAUCUGGACCAGAACUUGCAGAUCCGGCUCCUAGAGUUCUAACUCCUGAUGGAGGACCGUCGGCCGGCCCACUUCCUCCAGACAGAGCCAAGUCGCCCUGUCUGUCUUGCAGCGUGGCCUUGAUAGCCGGCGAGGAUCGGGUUCUGGAGGAAGGAAUGCACAAUGGCUGCCAUGACGACCACAAGACGAGCAGCAGCAAGGACUCCUCCGAUCUGAAGUGCUCCCCGGCGGUUUCUGCAGGACGAAGCCCUAAAGCCCUCAACGGCCUGCUCAGUCCCCGGCUGGAGGCCCUGACCAACAGCCAGACGUCGCUGUGUGAGAUGCUGCAGGAGAAGGAGAAGAAGACGUGGAGUGGAGGAGUGCUGGGCAUGGACCACUCAGCGCUCAUCCCGCUGAGAUCCAAGAACUUCAGGGAGAGAAGUGAUGCUCAUUUUGUGGAUGUUAUUAAGGAGGACAGUCUGAUGAAGGACUACUUCUACAAACCUCCCAUAAACAAGCUGAGCCUGACCUUCCUGGAGAAGAGCCUGGAGUCAGCGUACCGGAUCAGCUACCAGGAGGAGGUGGAGACCCAGGCGGCCGUGCAGACCUUUGCCAGCCCCACGUUCAGCUCUUUUCUGGACAUGCUGCUGUGCUGCUCUGUGUUUCUGGCUCUGUCUCUGGCCUGUUUCCUUCAGCCGCUGGUUAGCCAGCAGACUCUGUCCACGCCGCCGCUCAUCCUGACGGCUGUGGUCGCUGUGCUGGAGGCUCUGGCUCUGCUCUUAGCUAUACGCAUGGCCUUCUACCUGGACACUGUUCUGACCUGUACUCGGGUUCUGAUGAGGUCCAUCUCUGGCUGGAUAGCGCGACAUUUCAUCGGCGCCGUCCUGGUGUCGCUGCCGGCGGUGGCCGUCUUCUCUCACAUCACCUGUGACAUGCAUCUCUCCGUUCAGUUCACCAUGUUCACCUGCUGUGCCGUCAUCAUCGUCAUCAUCCAGUACUGCAACUUCUGCCAGCUCAGCUACUGGAUGCGCUCUACGCUGGCCACACUGGUGGGACUGGUGCUGCUGGUCCUGCUCUUCAGCGCCCCCUGCAGUCUUGCUAAGAGUCUGUUUUUCUGGUCUGAUGAUCAGAACAACAGCAGCUCCAUCAUCAUGUAUGACCCCCCAGGAGACGCAGACCCACCACCCCAGCCCCAGGACCUUCUAGGCCCUGAGGCCUGCGUGGCGUUCUUCCUGCUCCUGCUCCUGGUCUGGUUCCUGAACCGUGAGUUUGAGGUCAGUUACCGUCUCCAUUACCAUGGCAACGUGGAGGCUGAUCAGCACCGCAUCAAGAUUCAGAACAUGAGGGACCAGGCCGACUGGCUGCUUCGUAACAUCAUCCCCAUCCACGUGGCUGAGCAGCUGAAGGUCACCCAGAGCUACUCCAAGAACCACGACAACGUGGGCGUGAUCUUUGCCAGCAUUGUUAACUUCAGUGAGUUUUAUGAGGAAAGCUACGAGGGCGGUAAGGAGUGCUAUCGCGUCCUCAACGAGCUGAUUGGUGACUUUGAUGAGCUCUUACGGAAGCCGACCUUCUCAAACAUCGAAAAGAUCAAGACGAUCGGCGCCACCUACAUGGCAGCGGCCGGCCUGAACGCCCAGCAGUGUGCUGACGCUGCACAUCCUCACGCACACCUCCGGGCUCUUUUUGAAUUUGCCCUUGAAAUGAUGCGAGUGGUGGAUGACUUCAACAAGAACAUGCUGGGCUUUGGCUUCAAGCUUCGUAUUGGGUUCAACCACGGGCCUCUAACAGCAGGGGUGAUUGGCACCACCAAGCUUCUCUACGACAUCUGGGGAGACACGGUCAACAUAGCCAGUCGCAUGGAUACUACAGGGGUGGAGUGCCGCGUUCAGGUCAGCGAAGAGAGCUACUGUGUGCUCAGUGGCAUGGAUUAUGACUUUGAUUAUCGCGGCACAGUGAACGUCAAAGGCAAAGGCCAGAUGAAGACCUUCCUGUACCCUAAAAGCAGUGACAGCGGCCCGGUGCCUCAGUACCAGCUCUCCGUCUCACCAGAGAUCCGAGCGCAGGUGGACGGUAGCAUCGGCCGCUCUCCCACCGAUGAAAUCGCCAGCAUGGUGCCGGCAACGAGCACGACCACAAGCAGCACCAGUACCAUGGUUCCCAGUACCAGCACCGGGUCCUCUACUGCUGCAGGGAUAAGCCAUGGGAAGGAGGCAGACGGGCGGGAAAGACGUCCUGCCACAGAAACCUCUGCUGCCAGGAGGUCAGUGUCUCACAGCGGCCUCACAUCUUUACCUGCAACCAACGUGGAAGGACCUCCUCCCUCCUCAGAGAACAAAGAGCUCAUCGUCCCAUCAGUCCAGCAGGAUCCGCCCCAGAACUCUACAAACUCUCCCAAAGACACCAAGAAGGACCAGUAUGAGGAUGGAUAUGACAGUCGUGUUGGAGAACUAACCCGACUUUAAGAGUUAGUUCCUUUUAAUAUCAACCCUUUAAGCUCCAGAACUGCUCUUCAUUGAUCCUACAAGUAGAGACAAGAUGUGGAGGAACCACAUCCCUCUUCUCAUUGGCCUGGAAACAGGUUGUUUUUAGUGUAAAUAUGAUUGGCUGAUGUUCUCAAAGUUGCUGGGUGGACCAUGAAGAAGGUCAGAGGCAUGGGAAGAUGUGCAGCUGACCCUGGACCUUCUCCUGCCUGCUACAGAUCCCAUCAUCUGCCGUUAACUUACUUGAUUAUCUUUACACCUUUAAUCUUGAUCAUUUCUUUCAUAUAUCUUUUAAGUGCCUUUAGACUAGAAUAAUAUGUAGACUAAGCCUUUCUGACUAAGAGAAAAACAACACAAAGGGAAAAUUUUAAAUUCUGAAACUUUUUUGAAAACAGCAACAUUUUUUUGUUACCAGUUUACUUUUUAAACUGUUUUGCUAUGAUACUUUUGCCUUUUAUCAAAGAGGAGAGGAACAGCAUAAGAAGCAUCUCAAAGUGUGUCAAAAGAAGGGAAAAAGAUGUUAGUCCAAGAUAUGUACUUGUAAAAUCUGCACUAAUAUGCUGCAGAGCCUGUGUCCAUGUUGCUCUGAAAGCAGAAACCUGUUGAUGGCGGCAGGACUAACCAGUACAGGCUGGGAUGAGCUGUGUGAGUGUGUUAGCAUGCACUGUGUGUGUCUUUGUUAUGCAGCUUUAAUCAGGAGAGUUGCCUAAAAGUUACUCAGAUGACCUGCAGGAUUACAAACACUUCAGAACGGCGUUGGACAGUAAAGAUCUCAUCACUGAUGGUCUCAGCUACAUUUAGUCAGCAUGCUAGCAGCUAGGCUAACUGCUGCUGCUGUUUGUGUCCUUCAUUCAUGACCAACACUCUUGUGGGACCUGAAGCUCGUGUUGAUGAGUGUUUCAGAGGAUCCUCCAGACCUGUGGUGAACCUGUAGAGAGUCUUCAGACGUGAGGUGGAUGACAGAAGCCAGCUGCCUCGGGUUGCUAUGGGUUACACUGUGUGCUAGUUGGAGGAGCUUUUCAUGGAUAAUCAAAGUGGAAUGUCACUAAUAAAAUCUACAUGUGUUUAAUAGUGUUUGUUGUUACACAAAACUUGAACUGUUUAUUUGAGGCACCCCUUUCUACGUUGUAUUAUUUGAAGGACAAUCCUGGAUACAAACUACUGGACGCUUCUGCUGCUUCAUCCUUUCAGUGGCAUGAAUCUUAAUGUAUUAGCGCUGUAAAUGCACAAACGGUGAUGACUCCAGAUCACAAGGUGUUUGGGGUUUUGGUUUUAUUUCAUGCUUUCAUCUUUCUUGCUGUUACAUCUCUCUUUCACUGUUUCUUAAAAAAGGGUUGUGUGCUCAAAGGCAAAAAGUUUCACCAUGAAACCCACUUAGUUUUCUGAUUUAUCACAGCCAGAUAUCCUGAACUACACAACCUCAUCUUUUUCAGUUUCCUAAUAAGACAUUUUUAGUAACCUGACAAAUGUCGAGGAAAUACGGAGAACCAAUCUGCCUUCGUUUUUCGAACAAUCUUUUAUGUUUCCUGCUGCAUUUGAAAUGAUCCUGAUAGUUAAAGAGUUGGUUUGGUUUGUUUUCUUGUAGCUUGUGCCUUUUAACUUUGACUUUCAGUUUUAAAUUGCUUUCAUUCCUGAAUACAGCGAACAUUUCUCCACAGCAUGUGAUCUGAGAACGUCUGUAAAGUUUUCUCAGAUCACCAGAUUUGAGCAGUGCCUUUUCUACAUGUGUAAACCUUUGACAUUAAUUUGAUUCCUUCUGUUGUAUGUAUUUGUCAGAUGUGGUUGUUUUAAAUGCAGUACCAGUGUCUUGACAGGUUCUUUUGCCCAUGAGCACACAACCCCUCCACUGUACAAUGAAGGGAUGCAUAGAGUAAUUAUCAUUUAGUGCUUAAUGAAGGUCAUGGUGUUUGAGUGUCAGGUGAAGCAUAUAAGCUACGUUUCUUUUUGUUUUUCUUGGUAUGCUCUUUUAAACAAUAUUUUUUUAUGAGGUGUGAGCGAUGAGACGGAGGUGUAAUGUCACAGGUUUGAUACCCUCCUCUGUGUUUCACUGCAGACAUUUCUGUUGAUCUGGUUGAUUUAUUGAGAUGUAAGCAACAUUCUGACCAGCAGAAUGGCACACUGGGUAAAAUUUGAUGCCAAAGAGUGUCAUUGCCAUCUCUUAUUAUAUCUUAUUUAUUUUCUUUUGUAUGCUGUCUUAACUCCUUAAUUUGCAAGUCAUUUAUAUACCCGCUGUUAAAACACGAUUGCACAAGGCACUCACUUUUUUGUACAGUAUGCCUUUGUAUUGUAAAGUAUUUGAGCAUUUUCUAUAAUUUAUAUAAGCGCAUGUUUUAGAGUAUUAAAUAGUCUAAAGAACUGAGUAACUUUAACCAUGCUGGAGUAGUACCUGUGUGUUCUGUUUGCCUGCAUGUGUGUAAAUCAUGUGUGAGUGUUUGUAAAACUGUGUGGUUGUGUGUAGUUUGGGAGGGAUGCUCCAAUCUGAGCAGGAAUGUAAUUUUAGUCGACUUUUAUCACCGCAGAACGUGUGACAUGCUUGACCAGAAUCAAUCAGUAGAGGUUUCCCUUUUUCAAAUUCAAAGUAGCCAAAUAAAAUGAGUGAGAUGCAGGAAGAUACCUGCUGGUAGGAAGUACCGGAGUACUGCUCCCACCCAGUUUCAGCCAACUGUUGCUUUCUUUGAGUGUGUUUUUGUACAUAGCACGCUAACAGGUGAAGUGAAAGUUAAAACUGAAUAAAGUCAGUUGCUGGGAAA